AUGAAUCUGGCAUCGUGGAUUAUCGAUUCUGAAUCUCAUACGGUCGAAUCCACCCCUGCCAUCGCAUCUACAUCGACUUCAGAUACACCCGAACCUACAGAUAACCCUAGUAGCAAGCCCAACGUAGGGGCAAUUGUCGGUGGUGUAAUUGGUGUUGUUGUCGUUAUUGGGCUUUUUGUGAUCGUGAUUGUCUGGCUUCGUCGAAGAAAGAAGCUGGUGGUACCUACUGACCAACAAGAGCCAUAUGCGACAACACCUCAAACACAGGUCUACUACGAAGCUCCGGCCGAUUCAGUCUUUCCCAAAUCUGCUGUAUCACAUUGA